AUGAAGGGUACCACAUCAGCUAUCCCUGCUAGAGAGCAUCUUUUCAAUAUCGUAAGUAAAUAAAUGUACUGAGAAGGGAAACCACUGGUUCAAAUAAACUGUUUGGCAGGGCCUUUUUCUUUGGGAUCACAGCAGGAUGAGAAAAGGUUAAAGAAUUCUGAGAUUGAUUUCCCCAAACCCCACCCCGUUGCUGCUAUUUGCAUUUCUAAAAUGUCUUCAAGAUGCACCUUGAAAGGAUCUGUUUCUUUGUUAAACGAUAGCUCUGGCAAUAGCAGAGAAAUUGGUGGUGGCAUGUUCAGCUUCUUCCUUCCCAUUGCGUGCAGUGCAGGCUUCAGUAGCCCACUCCUGGCAACACUCUGUCUUCAUAGAUUAAUAAUGGGAUCUUGUUUAAUAAUCAGUCCAAAUCAGUCAUGUUUUAUUUCCUCCCCGGAGGACCAAUUGCUUAUCUCAUCAAAAGGAGGGUGAUUCUCCUUCUCUCUCUUUCUGUCAGAUGAUAUGAUCAUUAUCUGGACACACACUACAUCAGCAAAGAGCGCUGAGCUCCUAGCCUCGCUGGUGGUGUAGAGAUUCAAAAUUCAUGUUUAUCAUAUGUGGGAAGAUUAAUGCACUAACUAGCUUCAAGCACUGCAUUAGCACUAAAGUCCAUUAAUUCUAAUUAUGUUUUGCAUAUAGAGAAUAUUAAAAUGUUUAAAUUAAUAAAGGAGAAGGGCCAGCCUUUUGGCUCAGCUGCUGAAUGCUAAUGCAGUCUGCGGUGCAGGAGGUGAUCUGUGUUGUGCAAAGAGGACUCCCCAGGCCUGUGGAGAACGAGUACACAAAUCCUUCUGGAGGAUAUGUGCCAGCCGCCGUCCUCUCACAGCAUCUCCCUUCAUUAAGUCAUCAAGUACCAUUUAGAUGUACUUCAGAGGAGGGCAGCGAGCUUGGAGAAUAAAUUGAUGUGGAGCUUAAUUCUCCCUCAUUUUUUAAAAAGAGAGUGGCCUGUGUCCAAGCCUUGUUUGAGACUCCCUUUGACUUCUUGUUGUUGAGUCUCAGCAAAUAUUCAGACAGGGCAUUCUCUGGUUGCAUCGAAGUAUACCGUGGUGCCUUGGUUUGCGAACUUAAUCCGUUCCGAAAGUCCGUUCUUAAACCAAAGCAUUCUUAAACCAAGGUGUGCUUUCCCAUAGCAGCUGGGGACUCAAUUUACAAUUGGAACACACUCAACAUGUUCUGCUUCCAAGGCAAAGUUCACAAACCAAAACACGUACUUCUGAGUUUGCAACAUUCUUAAUCCAAGUUGUUCAUAAAGUAAGCUGUUCUUAAACCAAGGUACCACUGUAAUAUCACUUGAGCUUUAAUGCAGAUUUUCAGGCAGAUUUCCUCAUGCUGCCCUUUAUAUAAGAAAAUGUGUUGGUCCACCAAAGAAGGGAACCAAAACACUUUUAUAGCACAAACGAAACUCUUGUUUGGCACUUGAUUAUAUAUUUUUGUGUCCAGAGAGUUGUGGCUAUGUGUAUCAUAGGUUAAACUCAGGGUAAUCUCAGUUUCUGACCAUGCUGUGGUAGCUUGGGAGCUCUAGGCGGCAAUUCCAACCCAGUUGGAAACCCAACUGGACCUUCUGCAUGAAGUACAGUGGUCAGGUCAUCUCUGUCCAAAAAGAGACGUUGAUGGUGAACCAGCUGGAGCUGAAAAACGGCACUCCAUUCCAUCAAGGUCACCUGAGCCUCCAGUGACAGAUAUGAAUCCAGAAGCAAACCCAGACUGCAAGCCUGCUCCUCAGACGUGAGAACCUGGGAAACAUACUGUAAUAUCUCAUAAUCCUUUUACAGGAUUCACUUCCAGUUUAUUAGUAAAGUUAUGCAUGGUGUGAGGGCUUGAAGGGGAGGGGGAUUUUAGGGUCCAGUUACGUGAGUUAAUACAGGAGCAAAUCUGGGUGAAAUCCCCUUUUGGACUGAAUUCAGGAGUCAAUCCUCAAAUUGCUCCUUCAGUUGUACUGUACACUGAUGAAGUUCUUCUGUAUGAAGAGGACCUUGUCCGCACCCUGCUGGCAUGGAUGUUGGGAAAGGGGAAUGUUCUUCACAUGUAGUGAGAAUGUGUCAGAAUAAACCAAUUCUAGGCUUAAGUAUUUGAAUCAGGUUCUGGUUUCAUUAGCCAGCUUUUGAUCCCAGACUCCAUGUUGGCAUUGGACUUGGCUGAAAGCAAACAGAACCCCUGGGUGUGCCAUUUUUGCUCUCAGCUGCUCAGAUGGAGGUGGCCAUGGGCCAAAGAUGGAGGAAGGGCAGUGGGCCAAAGUAUCACAAAUAGCUCUCUUGUUACACUUGACUUUUCACAGUAAAGUAAUAAGAGGUGUAGUUAAACACAAUUUGAUUCUCUGCAGUGCACCUCCUGUCAGCCCACGAGGACACACGCCAUGCUAUGGAGCUCUUCGGAAGCUAAUUACAGUACCGAUAUGAAAAUUAUAUACUUGGUCAUUUCUAUUUCUGUCAAAGCUGGAAGUCUUGAUAAGAUUGCUCUAUUU